UGACAUUCGCGGAUGCAAUUCGCUUGCUUGCUAAAACGCACUCUUGAAUCCGUUGCACAAUGGAGAAUAUUGCUUUGACAAUUGAACUUAUUUGUACUGCUCUCUGACUAGGGUAGGCCAUAAACAUCGGCCGGUCCCUAGCACUGAAAGCAGUAUUUUGUUUUCGAUUUCUUGAACUUCCCAAAUUUGGAAGUAUCGAACCCGUCUUAAAUUAUAUUCCCUUUCAUAUGGAAUUAUACUUUUCGUCGGGUAAAUCGACUUUAAACGAAAGGUAAACAUUCUAAAGUUGUUCUAAUAUUGGAUUAAAAUACAUUGUGAUAUUUCCUAGUCUUUCCAGUUUACAUGACCAACUGUAUGUGUGCUCUUCUCAUUACCAUUUUUUAAAUAAGUGAAGUGUUUUUGUGCCACCCUAUCAUUUUGGAUUAUCAACAUCGAUGAGUGUAGCCACUCGAAUCGCUAAAACAAACUUGCGUCUUGAUUUAAGAGAUGCAAACCAUAAGCAAACAAACUUUGAAAAAUCUGGAUGUAGUGGUGGAGGAAGCCUCAGUCCUAAUUUACAACCACCGUCACCACCAUCAUACCCAAUUAACAAAGAACCCCUCACAGCCACCAAGAUAGGAGAAAAGUAUGUGCUUUUAAAUAGAAUAGAUGGCAGUAAUCUAAGACGCUGUAUUCAUAUUCAGAGUCAACAAGAAUAUGUAUGCAAAGUUGUGCCAAAUGACAGGUAUCGUGAUGUUCUUCGUGGUCAUUUUAGAUUAGAUUCUCAUCCCAAUAUCAAUACUGUUGAAGAAGUACUGGUGGGAAAAUCCUGUACAUAUAUUGUGUUCCUUAAAUGUUUCGGGGAUCUUCAUUCCUAUGUUCGAAACAAAAGAAACCUCCGAGAAAGUGAAGCCCUUUCUCUCUUCAAGCAGGUAGCAUCUGCUGUGGCUGCUUGUCAUUCAGCUGGAAUUGUUUUGAGGGACCUUAAACUCAGGAAAUUCGUUUUUAAAGAUCAAGAAAAGACUCAGUUAAAGUUAGAAACCCUAGAUGAUGCUGUACUGCUGGAUGAGGAUGAUGACUGGCUUAAUGAUAAACAUGGCUGCCCUGCUUACGUCAGCCCUGAAAUUUUAAGUCCUACAAGUAAUUAUUCUGGCAAAGCUGCUGAUUGCUGGAGCCUUGGUGUUAUGCUUUACACAAUGCUGGUAGGUCGUUACCCCUUUCAUGACACAGAACCCAGUGGCCUUUUUAGCAAAAUACGAAGAGGUUGCUACAUUGUGCCAGAACAUUUAUCUUCUAAAGCCAAAUGCCUCAUCAGAAGCUUGCUUAGAAUGGAUCCAUCUGAGAGGCUAACAGCCGAAGAGGUACUAGACCACCCCUGGUUCAAAUCAGCAAAAUUCACCGAUGAAUUGUCUCUUUGUCCAUCUGACCAAAUGGUACCAGAUUUCGAACACAUGGUCAGUGCUCCUUUUGUAUGACACCUCGGACAUCUCUGACAAUUAGGGCAGCUACUAGUUUUAGUUUUAUUGUUCUAUCCUCAAGGAGAAAUAGCAGGAAGAAAAAAAAAAUUGUGUAAAAUAUGACUCUCUAGUUAGCUCCUAAGCUAGCAGUAAUUUUUCUUGCAUAUUUAUUCAAUGUGUGCCUCUAAGUCUCUAUGCAAGCAUUUUUUUUUUCUCUGUGUACCUCUGCUAUAAAUGAAUGAGAAAUCUCCUUGUGGGACAAGCCAGUUUGAUAUGACAGCAUUUUUGUAACACUGCCAAUUGUUCCCAAAAAAGUUAUAUUUUGUUACAGUUUUUGUUUAUUAAGUUUUGAAAAUUUGUGUUUUUAGUAAUAAUUAAUUACCAAGCAAUUCACUGUUCUAUUUUUAUAAGUAAAAUGUAAUAGUAGUAAUAGUUAGAAGAGUGCACUUACUGCUCGGUACCUAUCUUUCAAUAUAUUUGGAUUAGUUUUUUUUAAUUAUCUUUCUGGUAUGUAUAAGGUAGUUGUAAAAUGGUGUUUUAGGAAAUAGUUUACUUUUCUAUGUACCAUUGUAGAUGGUUCCUCACUCAAAUAAUAUGAUUAAAUUAAAUUUUUAUUCUCUGUUCAAAUCUUUCUAAAAAUCAUGUAAUAUUUUAUAAAUGUAUUUAAAGAUAUUGAAAUAGGACAUUAAAAGAAAGAGUGACUUUUUUUUUUAAAAGUUGAUCUAUCAUGAAAUUUUUUUUUUUUUUUAUCAGAUAGAAGAAUUAGUUCUUUCCGUUUAAAAACAGAACUACAGUAGAUCAACAAAGAUAUAGUUAAUUAAGACUUCUAACGUUAACUGUUUUGAAAUUUUCUUUGUGUUCAAUUGUUUAUAUCAGUGACAGUUUUACUGAACUCUUUCCAGCUUUGUUUAUUCAGACCUUUAUGGAAAUAAGUUAUUACAUUUUGAAUGUAAAUAGAAUUAUUAAAAUUGCUCUGGCAAGAGCUCACUUCUAUUAAGAAUCUUAAAAUUUUUGAUGCAGCAGAUUUGUUUUUUUUUAAAAAUUUUUUAUUGUCAUUUAAUGGCCAUUCAGUUUACUAGAGUUUCACGUGUAUUUUUCAUUCUGUAUUUCUAUUAAAAUAUGGCAUAAAUCAGUGCAAUAAAUUGAAAAAAAGAUUUUAAAUGUAGUUGUAACUGUAAAUUGUGUUCAUAUUUGAUUGAGUGUAACUGUGCAAUCUGUAAGAAAAUUUCUGCAUUUGGUGGAAAGUUACAUAAAUGUCUUGUGGUGCGGAAGUCGUUUCAAGUUGUCAGUAAAUAGUUUUCUCAGUUCUUUAGUCAAUAUUUCGCCUUUAAAAUUCAAAAGAAAAAAUGUGUUUGAAGUAAUUGAUUUUUUUCAGACUAGAACAUGAGAUGUUUUUUUGUGAAUUGUUGCAUCAAGCAAUAACUUCUUUAAUCGAAAUUUAUUUUUUUACCCAACUUGAGAUAACUAAUUUCAUAUAUAUAUUUUGUUUCAAAAUACAAAUCAGUAAUUUCUUUUACCUAAAAUUUGAGCCCAAGAAAUGUUUUUAGGUUUCUAGAAAUUUAAAUAUGUCUAGAGUGUUACAUACAGUUGUUCAUAGCUGCCAACUCAACUGGAUUUUUCCAGUUUCUCCUUUUUUUUGUACAUAUAGAAAAUUCACUAAAACUGAGUAAGUUUUAUAAAAAAUCCUUAUUGAAAAAGAAGUUUUGCAUAGAUUAUUACUUGCUUGAAUUUUAAAAUAAGUAUUAUAUAUAAUAAGGCUAGCCUCAUUUAUAAAAAUCAGUUUAAAACUGUUUUUGUCCUAAAAUGUUCAGUUUACUUUUAUUCAGAACUCCCUUUUUAAAUUAAUUAAAAAGAAAUCUUUGAUGAAUUAAAAGUCUAUUAAUAUUCGAAAUUAUGGGUAUACAUAUUUCCAGUCUGUUUAAUGUCAAUCAUAAUUGGAAAAUAUUGCAGUUUUUCUAUUUUGAUGGCUACGAAGUUCCCUAUGUGUAAAAUAUUUAGCACAUGGUGUAACAAUUAUCGUGAAAUUAAUAUUUCGUAAAAUCUACUGGAUUUUUUUUCCUAUCCAUGUUGGCAGCUAUGCAGUAAUUAACUUUAAAGUACAUUAUUAGUUACUAUUUUUGUUUUUAAUUUGAGCAGUUGAAUCUUAAUAUAUUAUUAAAAUAGUUAAGCUUCUUAAUAAAUACUAAUUAUAAUUUUCUGUUCAAAAGUAAAUUUGGUCUUAUAUGGGUAAUACACAUUGUCUUUAUACGAAAGUUGAAUCGCUGUACGUGCAUUAUAGUAAAACCCUUUAGCAAAAUUUGGUAUGUGUUCUGCAUGUCAUUCUAUUUAUCUGUAUACAACUAGACUCUUGUAAUAAGUUCAGCAUUAAUUAGAUGGCUGGCAUAUCUCUUAACAUUGUAAUACAAAUCAUUGAAAUGUAUGUUAAAAAGAGUACUUAGAAUAAAAUCAUUUCCUUUAUGUCAAUCAAAUCUUUUAAUCCUGAUUAAAGUUUUCUUCAAAAUUAAAUGUACUAUAUAUUUUAUGUAUAAUUUAUAAGUAAGAAUUGUAUGUGGAUUAGGCUUGUAUAUUUAUUGUAAAAACUUAUGCACUGCAUUUUCAUUACUUCUGCCAAACAUCUUAUGAUAAAACCUACUGUAAAAUUCAAAUCUAAAUACUGUGUGUCAAGUAUUUGUUCCAUGUGGAUGAAAAUCAUGUCAGUUCAUUACCAUUGUGCAUAUUUUUUUUUCACCUAGACAUUCAAUAAAUUUUUCAGUGACAUGA